UACGGAAAAUGAAUCAUGUAGGUAUAGAUGUGUUCCAGCAUAAUGCUAACAAAUGACCUAGAUGAGAAAUAUAAAUUUCAAUGUCCACAUCGAUAUUUUUUAUUAUCGACAAGCGUGCAUCUAAAACAUGUAAACAAGUCUACAUUGAUUUAUUGUAGGGACGGAAUUUCACCCCUUAACACCGCCUACGCAGUUUUGGGAUCUGCCAAUCUCUUUCAUCUUGAUGUAAAACCGUUAAUACUGAAAAAUAUUAAUUAUGGAGAGGGUUCGAAAAGAUCCGGAAUCUCUGGAAUUUUUCGAUUCGCCAGACCGACUAUUGUGGGGUAUAUUGACCGAAAAGAAGACGGGAAUGCGCAUGUGCUCUGCUAUCAGCUCCUCUACUCCUAUAUUAGGGAGCUUCAUUCAUCAGAAAUCCACAUUAUAAAUCAGAUAUAAUAUAAACUUGAUUGAAAUUUCUGUUGUCUUGAAGGUCCAUCCACACCGGAGCAUGGAGAUAAGUGUUCUCUAUGCGUUGUGGAUUUUCUUUGGGAUAUAUGGAGUGAUUGCUCAAGGAGAUUCCUUGAGAAGUGCCCUGAACGCAGUCGACAGGAGACAGCGCUAUUUCUACGAUAACCCGAUAAUCUAUCCACAUGAAAAUUCUGCGGAACUGAGUUAUUUGCCAGAUUCAGAGUCUAUUGGAGGAAAUGAUCUGCUCGACUAUUUCUCCGAAGAUGAUAACGAGGUUGGCAAGCAGAUAUCUUCUUCGUUCAGAGAAAGACAGGGUGAUCGCGAAAAACAACUCGAAGAACUUUCUCAACGUGUACUUUCCAACUUAGAAGGGGAUGAUUCUUUCGAGAAUUCCAUUUACCGUAUGCAAGAUCCAUGGAGGAAGUACAGAAAUGAUUAUUACGCCAGAAAUGAUAGAAUACACAACAGGAAGAGACAAUUUUACCCAGAAUUCGGUUACGACAGUAUAGGACUGAGGAAACGAGAUAAAUACGCUCCUUCAGAAUAUACAAGCGAGUACAAUGAUCCCUACAAUAUGAAUAAUGAAGAUUACCCAAGUGAAUAUAUGGAUACUUUCGGUUACGCCAAGAGAGCGGCUGCUUUAGGUGAUUACGGAAAUCGUUACGAAAAUAUUCGUCCGAACUAUUGGUCCAACGUCAGACAUAUCCCUGUUACAAAACGGAGUAGCGAGUAUCCUAAGAGCACGAAAAACAAAAAGCAACAGUCAACCGGAAAAACAGAUCCCAAGGUCGAAAAAGAUUUGAGCAGUGUCUUCGCAGGACCGGAUAAGAAAAAAACUCAAAAAUAUCCGAAAAAAACUGAUGAGGUCAAGAAAGAGCAGAAAGUGCCUGAUGAUAAAUCGAAAACUAACGAUUCAAAAGCAAAAUCUGAAACGCAGAAUAAUACCAAGAAAACCACCGAGGAGAUUGCAAGCGAAAAACCUAUACAAAUUUCAAAGAAAUCUAUUGACUGGUCCGACUAUUUCGGCUUGGAUCGACGCAAGAAGAACAAAGAUUUCGACAAGGAAUGGGUCAUGGAUAGAUACCACAAAGCCAUCGCUGCUUCGAAAAAGAAUGCUGAAUAUCCCCUUCAAAUGUUCCGUGACCACGACGGCAUCAAGACACCCAAGAGGGGAAAGAACGAAUAUGAUGAUCUCAAACUGGAAAAUAUGGAUCGCAAAUUGAAAAGUAUCGAAGACGAAAUCGUUGAUGACGCUUUAAAGUACACCGGAGCAAACGAAGGGGUCACAGAUCCUAAGGACAUCGCAGAAGUGGAAGAUGGAAUCAUUUCUAGAUUGGCCAAGGCAUACAGUAUCGAAAAAAUGAGAAGGGCCUUAGGCGAAUAUAAGAUGCUCGUCGAUAAGGAACGUGAGAAAUUAAGGAGGCAAGAAGAAGAAGACGUGGAAGAUGAGACAUUUUCCGAGGAGAAACGAGUUUCAGUACCCAGGAAACAGGCUGUAGAUCCUAAUAAGGAUGACAAGGUGGAAGAUAAUCAUAUCAAAUGCGCGCAAGGUAAUGCUGACUGUGAUGAGGAAAAUUACAAAACUCCGAUAGAGGUCAUCCAGCAGAUGAACUAUGAAAUGGGAGGCUGCCCAAAAAUCCAGCGCGAUUGUAGACAAGUUUCAGCUCUGCUUGGACAAUAUGCUAAGGUGUUCGAAGAAGCUUGCAACCUCCAUCAAAUGUGUCUUCUUUGUGGAAAUAACAAUUGGUAUCCAGCAACCAGACAAUGUAAUAUCCUUUAUCUUAGCAAGGUUUACGAUAUGUGCGAGGGCAAAUCGGAAUGUCAGAAGGAGAUGCAAAAAUCCGUACGCUACUUGAUGAAUAUCAAUAGGAAUAUUCGCGAUAAUCCCUCUGGAAACUGCAAUCUUGUAUGUCCCGAUGGUCCAGAUGGCGCAUAAAACCAAACAAAGAACCCUGGCUGUCAUUGUGUUGGGUGCUGACGAUCGCACAGAACAUUGAAGAUUUUCGAGAGAUGAUAAAUAAAAUUUCCUGUCAUGUCGUUUUGUUUUCAGCGUCAAUACCAAAUUUUGAACAUUUCAAUUAAUUUCCGAUCCACAGCAAAACGUUAUACAAUUGUUUCGGAUGGUCUUGUGGUCUUCAGCACAAGCAUAGCAAGAUGAUUUUGAUGACUAGUUUCCUCAAGCAUACUCACACGAUGUAUUGAAUGUUUUAAAAUAGUAAAUGUUACUUCAGGAAGUAAAAUCCAGAAGUUUGUUGUUAACUUAUUCAUGUUUGGAUUUCAUCGAGAAUAUCUGAUGACUGUCUCAACUGAAAAGUACUGAGCAUAAACCUAGAUGUCUAUCAGUAAUUUAACGUCAAAUACGUAUAUUUCUGAAUAGCAAGUGUCUUUUCGAACUUUCGAAUUUUUGACACGAUUCCGUCAUUUGUAUUCGAUACAAGGAAUUUUUUGAAAUGUUGUACCUUUAUGAAAAAUGUAUAAAAAUUAAAUCUCACAAAGACCGUUAGAACACAAAAGCAAGUGUUAUUCCCCAAGAAUUGUUCAACAACGCCCAACAUCGUGUUAUACUCAUGGGAGUUUGGAGAAUGGAAGUGAUACGCAACAACGUAUUCUCCUUCAAGGCAAUUGACAAUAAAUUGGGCACAGGCGUCAUCUUGAAGUUCGUAUAUUGACAUCAACGUUUCUUCAGUUGAAUAUCCAAACUCCUGGACUGGAUGUACUUGUAUCUCCUCUCUGACGGAUGUUUCGAAUACAUUGUACUGACUAUCUCAAUAUAUUUUAAUUAUUGUA